AUGGUGCCUUCCGAAGACGCGAUAGCCAAGUUCAUCUCCUGCGUUCCAGAUGCCGACGAGGGCAAGGCGUGGGUCUUUUUAGAGGGCGCGGCGAGCAUAGACGAAGCGGUGGAGGAAUACCUCGAUAACCCGGGGAAAUAUUCACAACCCGAAACCAGGUCUCUCAAACAAGCCAAUGUCGUCCCUGGCUCAGUCGACGAAGCGCCUCCGGCGUACCAUGCGCCAUCACAUAGUUUGUCCAACAACGGCGGAGGACACACCGUCCAUCAAUAUCUACGGACACACACGAACAAAGUGAUUGAGGCAGCGAGGAUACGUGCCAGAGAUGAGCAAGAAAUGCAAAAUAUUCUCCAGAAGGUGCAACUAGCACACCGCAUAUUCAAUAGUGACAUCGAGCCAGAGCAUGAUGUGGACGGCUUCCUCUGUGGGUGUGACAUUCACCAAUACAUGGGUCUAAAGGUACGACGACUUGGCGUGCAGAAAAUGUGGUCAGAAGCCGUCAUGUACCCGGGUGAAAAGUCAUAUCAUGACUGCUACCAAACAACGUUUGGUUACUAUUCCAAGAAUCCGUAUAAAAUGCGCGUCACCUCGCCGUAUGGCAACUUUAGUUCGAGCUAUAUAGGUAUGGGUAUAGGUAUGGCGCGUCCCAUAGCCAGAUAUUACAGUCUUUCAGUUCAUCAGACUAUUAGCUUGAAUGCACAGCUCAACGGGGAGGCCCAGUCUGCCAUCGAUGCAAGGGAGCCAAGGAUGAAUAUUUGGGACCUUGAGAAUCCUGAUAUUUCACGGUCAAUCUUAGCCAGCGAAGCUUCUUCAACAUCAACAAAAAAGGGGGAUGAAGGACUAGCCUACGACAAGUCCGAGAAAAGGGGAGAACAAAGCUCAGCGAGUGCAACGGCCAAUAGCAACGGCGAAGCAUCUUCAUCUAGCAAACCAUCAAGAUUCGUAACGCUAAAGAAGGCCUUUUCAAUCAAGUCUGCCGAAGAGAAAGCAGCCAUUAAGCUAGAAGCGGCGCUGGGCCAAUGCAGACAAUUACGUGACGAGAUUAUACAGGAGGAAAAUAGCAGAUGGCCAGACGCCGAGUGGCGACAGAUCGUGGCCGCCUACCAAAACAACGUUGGGAUGGCUAAUACAAUCGCCCAAACCCGUCAAUUCAAACCCAUUCAAUAUCUUCAUAUGCUGCAGGCAGGCUACUUUGAGCCCAUUCCUGUGGCGUGGGCGAACCAGAUAUCCAACCCACUCAAGUUCACGGUUGACGCAAGUGCCGGGUGGAGAGGCAUUACACCAGCCUGGAGGGGCUACGACGAUACAGCAGAAGAGAGACUAUACUGGGUAUUGAAUCACAGAGCCGGGGCCAGCCAGAGGCUAAAGCCCGACAUGAUCUCCGCACUCGACAUGGCCCGACGAAGGAUGGCAUCUGCCGUAGAGCCACCCCCAGCGUAUUUUGCGGCAGACGACACUUGCCACCUACAGCAUACUUCUGAAGGCUAUUCUAAACAAGUUAUGCCUCCGCCAUUUCGACCCUAUGAUGGUCCAGAGACUGCGUCAGACAAUAGCGUGAUAUUGGUAGACGUAUCUGGCUCGAUGGACUUUGAGCCAAUGCGGCCACUAUACGACGAGUAUCUCAUAACAGGAUACACUCGAUCUACUCAACCCAAAAAUAGAGAUACUGCCAAAGCCAUCAUCCGCCGAUUCACAGACGCCCUUGCCAACCACGAUCACAACUUUCAGGGUUACCAGCUAACCACAUUUGCCAACCAUGCAGAAUAUAUUGGCAUUCUAAACCACCAAAAUUUCGAAAAGGUUUGGGGAACAGUCAGAUUCGGAGGCGGCACACGCGUCAUGACGGGGUGGCAAAAGGUGAAAGAGCUCCAUUUUCAACAACACUCAGCAUCAGCGACCUACCACCCGGUAUACGGCUGGCAAGCGGGCCCGGAGACGCCCAUUCUAAGGGUCCUCUUGCUGCUAGAUGGAGAGGCCCAAGACAUGGACGAGUUUGAACUUGAUUUGCUGGGUCUCUCAUGGGUUCACGUCACCAUAUUCUUGGUCGGAGUGGACGGCUGCCCUCACCACCAUAGGCACGCAAAUGAGUUGCAAAGAAUAAGCGAAGUCAACCCACACGUGUCUUUUGUUGAUGCACAAGGGAAUACGCCAGAAAGGUUUGUGACUCAUGAGCUGCUGAAGAGGCACUUGGGUUACGAUUUGUCCAUGCAGGAGUUUGAGAGGAUGGAACACCCGCCCGCUUAUACAGCAUAA